UUAAAACAGCAAAUACAGCCCGUUGUCAUGUCGCCUGCAGACAGUGCGACUGAUUUGCGAGUCUGUCACGCCGAUGAUAUUAGACGACCUUCCGAUGGCACUUUGGGCGAUACCAGCGAAUCCGACGGCCGGUUAUCCUUGGAAACACCCAGCUCCGGCCACGGCAACGAUUCGUCAGAAACAGAAGGCACAGUAGUGGAUGAAGAGGUUCAGCCUAUCCCCGAUCAACAGAGUGUUUCCAAUCCUGGCAAAGCCCAGGAUAAAUACGAGGACGAAAUCCUUGAUCUGCGGUUCAACAAUGCCAACUGUGUAGCGCUCCGAUCAGUGGACCUGAAAGACGUCGAGCCCAACCUUCUCAAUCCUCGAGAGCAGGAGAAUGCCGACGAGCGUAUUUUGGUCGCCAUCCACCACUUGUUCAACAAUCAAUUCACGAAAGCAAAAUGCAUGUUUGACAGACAAGCAGCCACCGACCCUCUUCACGCUCUUGGUUUGGGAUCCAUGGCGUUUCUUAAAGGUAAGCACAAUGAAUAACCAAACAACACAGAAUGCGAUUGAAGUGUUAAUGUCAGCUUACGAUGUAGCCACGGCUCAAAUCAAUGGGGCAACCAAGCGAACGAUGGGCGACACCGUCGUACGCUAUUUCACCAACUACUACAAUUCCAUCAAAUUCAAUGCCAGACGCACAGGCCUUCCAGCGAGCCCCAAGCCGGCUACACACACCAGCUUGGAAAAACACAAAAUCACAUUUAUUCCCAACGGCGUGCUUCGUGCUCAUGUUGCUAAAGCUGAAUGCUGUCUGCAAAUGGCUAUUCUGAAUUUACUUCAGGAAAACGUCGUCGGUUACAUCAAAUGUGGCCUUAAUAUCAAACGUGCCUAUUCCAGUUACAGUGUUGUGUGGCAAGAGUAUAAGCGUAUGGGCCAGUUAUACAAUGAUUUCAUAGACCACGAUACGGUGUCAGGCAUUCAAUUCGGCAUCGGUACGGUCCAUUUAGUAUUGGCCUCUUUACCACAAAAAAUUUUGCGUAUUGUCUCCUCCUUUGGUUGGAAGGCAGACAAGCAUUUAGGGUUCGCCUUAUUGAAACUUUGCUUGGAAGAACGACGUAUCAGAUCGCCUAUGGCGUCGCUCAUGCUCCUCGCAUAUUACACUAUCUUGACCUCACACUGCCCGCAGAUCCUGGCUAAAGAAUAUACCCAACCUGCCAUUGAAACAUUACUAGAUGCACAGCGAUCCUAUCCUAAUUCUGCGUUUUUCUUGUACUUUGCUGGGCGCACAUCACGCUUGGCCCGCAAUUUAUCGCUGUCGACGCAAUCCUUUAUGUACGCUAUUGAGAUUAGCAAAAAUGAAUGGGCCGAGGUCGAAGUCUUGCAUCUCUGUAGCUACGAACUGGGUCUCAAUUAUAUGAUGCAGCAUAAUUGGGAAGAAGCAGGAGUCCUAUUUGAGCAGUUAUACAAAGAAAAAUAUUGGUCGCCUGCGAUCUUCCGAUAUCUGCAUGCAGCUUGUCUCGAGAUGGUCGGUCUCCACACAGAAGCGAUCCUUGCUUUUGCCGAAAUCCCUGAAUUGGUUGGAGGAAAGACAAACUCAAGCACUGCUGCCACGGAACAGUAUGUGCUGAGCAAGGUCAAGACUUUCCAAGCAAGCGGUUAUCAAGAUAUGGACAUGUCCCUUUGUGCUCUGGAAUAUCUCUACAUACUGAAUGCAUUCGAUUUCAUGGACGAUCAACUACUGCAACAGAGCCUGGCACUCACAGAGCAAGCGCUUAAUCGCAUUCUUGAAGCGGAAAAAAUGGAGUAUGGUAUCCGUACACGAGAGCUCUUACCAGAGACGCCGCCCCCAGAAUAUUUUGAUCAGCGCGGAGCCUUGCUUCUAUUGAAAUCAUCUAUCCUAAACGCAAUGGGCCGUCAUCAAGAAUCCAUCAUCCAUUUGAACUGGGUUAUUGAUCACAAGGACAAGAUAGAAACCGAUAAAUGGAUCGUGCCCUUUGUCUUUUGGGAGGCGGGUAUCACUGCAUGGAGCCUGGAUAACAAAAGUCGAGGACGCGCCUUCUGGGAAACGGCCCUCAAAUAUUCCAAAUAUGACUUUGAGUAUCGACUCGCAGUGCGGCUCAAUCUUGCGCUCACACGAGCUAACGAGCUCGGCAUCUCAUCCUAUGAAACCACAGCAUCUCCUUUGCAAAUGAGAGACAGCAGCGUAUCUCAGCCCAACGAAACUGAACCAAGUGAAUCAUAAUUUUCUCAUCACUAAUAAUAUUUUACAAUAUGUACGAUAGACAUUCUGCAUAGGAUCUGUUCUUCCUAUAGAGAAAAGGAACACAUUUUAUAUACGUUUUUCAGCAUCAAGCUUUUUUUUUUUUGGAUUACACCAUGAUAUUAAAGAUGGAGAUAUUGGUAAUUUCUAAGUGACGAAUCGUUGCCAGUGUAUUGGUCUUG